UUAUUUCCUCUCCCACCUCAGAUUUUCCACUCCUCCAUCCUCCCUGUUCCUCCUCUCUCUACUCCUCGUCUCUGCUACUCUCACUCAUAGAAACUCGUGGUCUGAGCAGGAGGAAGGUCGAGGAUGAUGAAGAUGAAGCCGCUGUGUGUCUCUCUGUCUCUUUCUCUGUCUCUAUCUCUGUCCUUGUUCUGGAACGGCGAGGCUGAAGCGCUAAUUUCGCGGGACUCUGUGGAACGAGGGCCGGUCAGUCUGAACGACAUGUUCCGGGAGGUGGAGGAGCUGAUGGAGGACACGCAGCAGAUCCUGGAGGAGACGGUGGAUCAGAUAAUAACAGAGAGUUCUAAGUUCUCAUCACCUGACCUGGACCUCCAACAGAACCAGCUGGGAAGUGGACGCAGAACCAGUCCGGUCCUGGAGGGGAACAAGAAGGAGUGUAUGGUGGCGGAGGACUGUGGAGAUCUCAGCUACUGUUUGUAUGAAAUCAACAGUUCCAGGUGCCUGCCGUGCCUCAUCACUGACAUGCCAUGCACUAAAGACGAGGAGUGCUGCUCAGAUCAGAUGUGUGUGUGGGGGCAGUGCACCACCAACGCCACCAGGGGGAGUGAGGGGACCAUCUGUCAGAUUCAGAGUGACUGCAGAGAAGAACUGUGCUGUGCCUUUCAACGAGAACUGUUGUUCCCAGUGUGUAACCCCAGACCAGGACUAGGGGAGUCCUGUCUGAACUACCCUAACCUGCUGAUGGACAUGUUGGCCUGGGACGAAGACGUACCAAAGGACCACUGCCCCUGCGUCCAAAGCCUCAGCUGUCAACCUCAUGGUCGUGGAUCUGUUUGUGUGGAGGUUCCUGGAGAAUAGAACCGACCAACAGACGAGGUACUGACUGACAGGAACCUGUGGAGGCGCUGUGUCAGUACUGACACUGUGGUCUGGAUCCUAACCCUAAAUAAAUACUUCACAGUAGGAAGGGCCGGCACCCCAGUAUUCUGAUAUAUUUCUGAAGGUGUGUUUUUGUGGAGCAGCAGCAGAGAUCAUUUUGAUCUUUAGUUCAUAUGUGGCCCAGUCCGUUGUUGUACCUGUGGAUGUUGUGCAGUGACCUGUGUUAAUAAAGAUGAGACGAUCCAGACCAGAACUUCACCGGCCGUCAGUCAUAGUUCUACAGUAACUCUGGACCAGAGGUCUAGUCCACAGGUGUCAAACUCAAAUUCACACUGAGCCAAAAUUAAAAACUGGGACCAAGCCUCGGCCAAACGCAAUAUUUAUUGAAACAUUGAUCUGUAACUUGGAAUUUUUUCAUAUG